CAGAUAUAGUCAAAUAACGCUGCUUUUCUUUUGGACGAAAUUUCCCACGUUCACACAGUUGUGCUCGCUGACUAAGCGGUUUGGGACGAUGAAUCAAAACUACAAGUCUGAGUAUGAUGACACGGCUUGUUGAUACUUCACGGUGCUUGUUAUUUUUAGUAGAAACGUCUGCAAAAAAAAAGCGGUUUCGGUGAUAUUCAAUUGUUUGCUUAAAAGAUGUUGAAACCACAACAGGAAUCCGAAACAGCGUACAAGUGAGAAAGGGGGAAAACGGAGAAGAACGAAGAUUAAAGCGAGAAAAUGUCGGGCCAGACGAUCACGGACCGGAUCGCCGCAGCUCAGUACAGUGUGACCGGCUCGGCCGUGGCCAGGGCUGUCUGCAAGGCGACCACCCAUGAGGUGAUGGGACCCAAAAAGAAGCACCUGGACUAUCUUAUUCAAGCCACAAAUGAGACCAAUGUUAAUAUACCUCAAAUGGCUGACACGCUCUUUGAGAGAGCAACGAACAGCAGUUGGGUGGUGGUGUUUAAGGCUUUAGUUACUACACAUCAUUUGAUGGUCCACGGCAAUGAGAGAUUUAUUCAGUACCUGGCAUCUAGAAAUACUUUGUUCAACCUCAGCAAUUUUUUGGAUAAAAGCGGGACACAUGGUUAUGACAUGUCUACAUUUAUUAGAAGAUACAGCAGAUACUUAAAUGAAAAGGCAUAUUCCUAUAGGCAGAUGGCAUUUGAUUUUGCAAGAGUAAAGAAAGGGGCUGAUGGUGCAAUGAGGACUAUGGCUCCAGAAAAAUUAUUGAAAGGCAUGCCAAUACUGCAAGGGCAGUUGGAUGCGCUACUGGAGUUUGAUGUCAGCCCUGGUGAAUUAUCAAAUGGAGUAAUAAAUGCUGCUUUCUUGCUACUUUUCAAAGAUUUAAUCAAAUUAUUUGCAUGUUACAAUGAUGGAAUCAUUAAUUUGCUAGAAAAAUAUUUCGAAAUGAAGAAGGGACAAUGUAAAGAAGCAUUGGAAAUUUAUAAAAAGUUUCUUACUAGGAUGACAAGAGUUUCAGAAUUUCUUAAAGUUGCUGAACAAGUGGGUAUUGACAAAGGUGACAUUCCAGAUCUGUCUCAAGCAAUACACCGGAGAAUUCUUGCUGACCUUAAAAAUUCUGACAAUGAGAGUUCACCUUUUAAAGACUGUACCAUUGAUAAUCCGGCUCCUAGCAGUCUUCUGGAAGCGCUUGAGCAACACUUGAAUACACUGGAAGGCAAGAAAAAUGCAGCUGGCAGUAGGACUUCUGGAGCACCACAGGGAAAUAUGGGUUCACCAGAAAACACCGGAUCAUCCCCCACUUGUAGUCCAGCAAAGAUGGCCGAUACGUCCGCAGUAGUCGAUUUGUUUUCACCCCCACCCUCUGUAGCUCCAACAAAUGCAUCUAAAUUAUCCAGUGAUCUUCUUGAUCUACAGCCAGAUUUUACAUCUCCAGUGCAAUCAACAGUGACUGCUAAUCCACCAACCAGUGCUUGGGGAGACCUUUUAGGUGAAGAUUCUUUGACUUCUCCUGCCCUCCCUAAUGCCUCUGAGGCACAACCUUCUGAUCCAUUUGUAGCAGACGCUUCCCUGACCACUCCUCCUACAUCCGCUGAUACUUCUACAUCUGCUCCUGCUACUGCAGCAACAACCAGUGAUCUGGAUCUUUUUGGAGAUGCAUUUGCAGCUUCGCCUACUGAAGAAUCAACAACAUCUGAAGGGGCAGGAGCAGCAGCAGCAGCCCCUGCAGCAGCAGCGCUUGAUGCAUGUGCUGGAACUGACCCUUUUGCACCAUCUGAAGGUAGUGCAGAGGCUGCUGCUGAACUGGACCUUUUUGCUAUGAAGCCUGCUGAGGCCAGCGUUCCUGCAACUACCCCCACCACCAGUGCAACUACCAGUGCAACUACCAGUACAACUACUAGUGCCAUUACCAGCACAACAACUAGUGUGACUACGACUGAGACUGUUACUGUUACUGCUACUGCUACUGCGACUGCUGCUACUACUACUACUACUGCUACUACUAUUACUGCGACUGCUACUACUACUACUCCUCCUCCUACUACUGCUCCUCCUACCACUACAACUGCUGAUACUCCUGUCACCACCACUGCACCUGUUCUUGAUAUUUUUGGUGAUUUGUUUGAUUCAGUACCUGAACCAAAUGCAUCUACAACUCCCAAACCAGAAACAGCUCCUAGUGUAGACCUGUUUGCAUCAGAUGCUUUUUCAACCCCUUCUCGUGGGGCUUCUCCUUUGCCUGAAAAUAGUCUUACUGCUGAUCUGUUAUCUGUUGAUGCAUUUGUAGCACCACCACCUACAAUCAGUGCCUCUCCUGCUAAAUCAGAAUCUUCAGCUGUAAUUGAUCUAUUUGGUGACGCUUUUGGUAGUUCUGCUACUGAGUCUCAGCCUGCCACUCAGGCUGUUUCCAGUUCGUCUGCUUCUUCGGACUUACUAGCUGGUUUUGGAAAUACAUUUAUGACACCGACAGCUACACCGAUGCCACCGGCACAGAAUAAUGUUUUGCAGCCUGACUUUGAAACAGCAUUUGGUAUAUCAGCCACAAGUAACACCUUUGAUUCAUCAGUUUUUGAUGGCUUAGGUGACCUCCUUAUGCCCACAAUGGCGUCACAAAAUCAAGCUGUACUUUCGGGAAUACCAGCACCAGCAGGAACACAGCCAGUCAAAAGCCUAGGGAGUGAUCUUGAUUCUUCACUUGCAAAUCUUGUAGGAAACUUGGGUAUUUCUCCUGCUCCAGGAAAGAAGAGUGACCUUCAGUGGAAUGCCUCUGAAAGGAAGUUGACAGGAGGAGCAAACUGGCAGCCAAAGGUUGCUCCAACCACUGCUUGGCCAGCAGGUUGUCCGCCCAGCAACCAAAUGAAUGGUUGGCCAAUUCCAAGUUAUGGAGCUGUUCCACCUGUAGGUCCUCCACCCACUGCUCAACCAGUACCUGGAUUUGGGAUACCACCUGCAAGUGCAGGUAUACCCAUGAUGCCUCAGCAGCCAAUGAUGUAUCCUCAACCCAUGAUGAGACCAACAUUUGGAGCUGGAGCAGUUCCUGGAGCACCGCUUUCCCCAAGCCCAACGCCUGCCACUCAGAGUCCCAAGAAACCCGCAACAAAGGACCCUCUAGCCGAUCUAAACAUCAAGGAUUUCUUGUAAACAAAGCUACAGUUCUUGCGAUGAUGGGAAUGCUGAAGGUGACAACAGUUGAUAUUGAAUAUCCCAAGCAAUCCACCAGUCAUGUUUCAAUGCUUAUUCAGACUUCCAUAUUGUAAAAGGUGUAGCACAACCGUGAAAGUAACCCUUAGAAAUGUGUACUUUUUGAUGUUAUGCCCUAACCUAUCAGGAGUUGUGCAUUUUGGAUUGUGUUUCGCAACUUGAAAGAUGGGUGUAUGUUUCUGAUGCCUUUUAGUGCUUCUCUGUACCUAACUUCAUAGUUUAGGUUGCAGAUUUGCAGCUGUUGUGUGAUGAGCCACUUGGAGUAAUGUGUUUGUAUUCUUCAAAGUGCAAAUGUAUAUAAUUUCAUUGCAGAGCCUAGUAUGUCAUGUCUGUUCUGUAUACCUAUUAGCUUACAGUCAUGAUUCUAAUAGCAAUUUACAUAUAAACUAAUGUGCUCACACCCAUCAAAUCUGAAGUCUGAAGUUUUGUCCGAAGCAAUUCACAGCUGCAAAAAUUGGGUUAAACAUUCAAUCCAACUAUUUUUAAGGAAACAUUUGUGCAUUACGUUCAAAAUUAUUUAUAAUUCCUUAAAGUAAUAUAAAUUGAUGUUAAACUUCCAUAGUCUGCACUGAUCUUGGCAUAAAGGUAUUAGUUGACAAAAAUGUAUGCUGUUUGCCAAGACAGAAAAUGUUAUCUAAAUAGAUCUCCUAUUUAUAUCUAUCAGUAUGUUAAAUUUCUGUAUUUAAUUUCUUUUAUGUUAUGUAUUCUUUGCUUAAUGGACCAGAAGUAAAAUAUUGGACACUGAGAAUGCAUAUUUUGGAAAAGACGAUAAUGGGUUUAUGUUCUCGGAUGUCUCUUCACUAUGAGGGAUCACAAAGCAGUUCAAAUGCACUUUUUUUUUCUUCUUGUCCAGUACCAACUUUUAAUCUUUUUCCAUCCAGCAAUACCAUAUUUUGUUUAUUUUUAUUUGGAAGUCCUUUUAUCAUUAGUGUUGUCAGUAUGUUUUUAUAUGCAAAUAGAUAAUCUCAAACAAUACCCAGAAUCUCUCCUAUACCCUUCCACCCUUACUGGAAACAACAUGUACUGUGUGAUUCCCAGGGAAACAUCAUAUUGUUUCUGCAAACUGCUUGGCAAAAGGUGUAGGCACCAACAAAGGAGAUCACUGUUGAUCAGUGGAAUUAGUGUUCUCAGGCAUGGCAGCUGUUUUGUAAAAAUGCUAUGCAGUUUGAAAGUGUUUCAUUUAUGUCUCUUCAGAUCUAUCAGUAUAUCUAUAUAUUGUACUAUUCCAAGUAAACGUAUCUGGAAUUAAUGUGGAAAAAUGCAUUAUAUUUAAAAUAUUACUCUUUUUUUAUUUAAAUUUGUUUGAUUUUUUUGUUUAUGAUCCAGUGCAUGUAUGCCCUUUGAAAUGCAAUAAAUGCGUUGAACAAAGUAAA